AUUAAAAAUUAAAGCAGUAUAUUAUUUAAAAAAAUAAAAUAUUAAUAUAUAAAUAAAACAAAAACUUUUAUGAGAACCAGGGACGUUAGUUUAAUAGAUACGCUACUGUAAAAAAUAAAAAAAAAUUAGUGGAGGGGGUUGCAAAGCAGCUCAGGUCGAGCCUGGUCGAGCUACCAGCAGCCCAGCAGCCGGAACGGAUGAACGGAACGAAACGGAACGGAACGGGGAAGAACCAAGAAAUUCGUUUGUGUGCUGUCUCGCUCGUCUCGCUGUCUGGUGUGAUCUGGUAUGUGUGUGAACAGUCGUGAAUGUAAUUUACCAUCUCUUUUAGUCUCUGUUUUAAAACUUAACUGCCUGGUGCCUGCUGCUUAACUUGCUGCUCAGUGCUCAGUGCUCAGUGCUCAGUGUGGCUCAGUGUUCACUAUAAUACUACAAAUAUAAACCCAACAGUUUUUAGUUGUACUUAUUUUUUUUUGAUUUAGUUGAAGCUGGUAACUGGCAAUUACUACUGGUUGUAGAUCAACUAUGUCCACUCAUCAUUAUAAAAUGUUAUCAUACCUGUCAGUUUACAAUGCCUUAAAUACUAGAGCUUGUGAAUUUUUUAUUUUUAAUAAUUAUAUUAUUUAAAUAAAUUAACUAGUAAAUGAUGAAUAGUUGCUUAUAAUGAUAUGCGAUAUAAAAAAAAAUUAUAAAAAACAAAGACCAGAUUGAUUCAUUUGACUUAAAAAAUUAAUUUCGCUAUAAGCAAAGAAUAAAAAUAAAAAAAUAAAAUAAAAUUGACUCGAAUAGAGAGUACACGUGCGGUGGUCGAGGUGGUCCAGGUGGUCCAGGUGGACCGGAUAAACCGGGUGGUGAUAGUCUCUGGUGCUUGUGUAGUGAGUGGAUUUGUUAUUGGAACUGGGAACAGAUAAUUUGGUGGUGCCUUCUCAGUGUAGUUUAUUUCGUGAUAUUACUACUUGUCAUGUUAGGAGUACUCAAACGACGUUGGAAACCUUCUAAAAGGUCCUCCAAUGGACGAGGAAAUGAAUCAUCUAUUAGCUCGGAUUUUGUCAUGGACAAACCACGUUCUGUCCCUUCACCAAGGCAAAUUCAUCCCCUGUACGGCGAAAAGGCAGGUCUUUUGGGCUAUUAUGACGCAGUCGGUAAUACGGAAAAUUUUCCACCAGCCCCUAACAUUGUUGUCGAGGGUGGUAGAAUUGAGUUUGUACGCCCUUCACAAGAGAGCACUAUUAACAGAAAAAAUUCAGUAUCUCGGGGUUCACAAACUUGUGUCGAGCAGCUAGAAAAAUCCGAUUCUGCGAAGGAGAAUCUUGAAGAGAGAAUCCGAGAAUUGGAAAAAAUUUUACAAAAUGAACGAGCAGGAGCCCUUCGAGAUCGUACCACAAUUACUAAACUACAGUUAAAAAGGGAGGCGACACUACGAGAUGUGGAACGAGAACGUCGACUACGAUUGGAAGCCGAGUCACGGGUACGGGACGCUACGGCUGAAGCGGAACAUGCGAGGGCGAGGGUACAUCAUCUUCAACGCGAACUUUCAAGGAUGGAAGAAUCAUCUCGGGGAUUGCUACAGCACAAACAAAAGGCGGACCAGUUGAAACAAGAAAGAACAGCACUUACAAUUUCUUAUGAGACCCGUAUACAUCAAUGUCAAGCACAGAUAUCCAAGUUGCAACUAGAAAAUGAGUCGAUACGAGGACAAUUGAGGGGCUUAGAGGCUGCUUGUGUUGGUGAAGUACAUGCUGCUCUUGUUGCUAGACUUGCAACUUUAGAAACUGAACACGUUGCUCUUGCUAGAGAUGCGGAUGCUCAAAGAAGACAAUAUGAAAGAUGUCUUGAUGACGUUGCUAAUCAAGUUGUUCGAGCACUACUCUCUCAAAAGGGUUUAAGAGAAGAAAUAGGAACACUUCAAAGGCGUAUACAUGAAUUAGAAACUCAAAAUCGAGCACUUUCUGAAUUAUUAGCUCAAACAACAACUAAAGCUACAACAACAACAACAACAACAACAACAGAAAAUAAAUCAUCAGAAUUAAUUAGAGGUAUCAUUGAAGCAGGGCCUAAUGCAUUAGUUGCUGCAUUAGGAUUUAACACUAGUGCAGCAUCUUGGGUUCCAUUACCAAGACCACGAUCACUCAAUCUUAAAAUACCUACUGUUAUCACAGCCACUAAAUAUAAACGUCAUCGAUCUAUAGGACAAAAAAUAUCUGAAGAAGAAGGUAGUGAAAGUCCUGAGAGUAUUAACAGAGACGAAGGUUAUUCUACAAUGUCAUCAGAUGUCCAGGGUGAAGGUCCACGAGGUCAAGAGCCAUCAAGAGGAUUAGAAGAUCUUAAAGAAGCGACAGAUGAAACUGAAGCUGAUUUAUCUCCAGAUGCACGACUCAUUGCUUUAGAUACUGAAGAUCCAGAUAUUAUUUUUUUUCCUCUUAAUCUUACCGUUGGAAUAAAUUCAAGACAUAGUUAUCCACCUUCUAAACAAUUACUCUCUUAUCAACAUGUUAUGCCAAGUUUUUCCGACAGUCAUCUUUAUCUAAAACUAACAACAUCAAACAUAAAAAGUUCACCAUGUUGCAAUAUUCAAAGUCCUACAGGAUCAUCAUCAUUAUUUUUUGUUGAAGAAGAUGGAUGGGAUACUGAUUAUGUUCAACAAUGGUUAAGGUUAGAUGAUUCAAGAAGUGCUCAACAACAUCGUGAUCUAUUGGAAUUAGAGUACGACAGAGCAGAAUUAGAAGAUUGGAGUUUCUCAUUGUCAACAGAUGAUUUAAGAAGUGAGUCAUCAUCGUCAUUAAUUUGGAAAGAAGAAAAUCGUAAUCCUUUUAUAUCAUCAUCUACACUUGCAGCUAUUAAAGAACAAAAUCCUAUUGAAUUGGAAGAGGAUGCUAAUGAAUGUUUAUGGAAUGGAGCUAGUUAUUUGGCUGAUCGUACUGGUGGAGAAUUAGUUGCACUUUUAAUGGAUGCUGGAACGACAGGUCCUUGGCCUUAUGCUUCAAGUCCCGGUGCGUCUUGGAGUAGUGGAGAAGAAGGUAUUCUUGAGAGUUCCAGUAAAAGAUCAUCAGCAGCAUUAUCAGGUUGUGGCAGUGAUGAUCCUGAUUCACCCUCAAUCGGCACCGACUUUACACGUGAUUUUUAUCGGCUAGUCAAAUUUGAAAGUACCAAGAGCCUUGCCAGCACGUCUUCCAAAAGUGGCAAACAAUUGCCGCCUGAUCGAGAACAAGCCCUUCAAAGUGUCUUAUCUUUUAUUGCAGAACAACAAAUGUACCUCACUGAAAUGCCAAAUAAUUCUGAUAGUAAAAAAUUUGACCAAACUCAUUCUAUUCAAGUUUUAGACUAUGAUUAUAGUACGAAAAAUGACUCGACAAUAAUAUCAUCACCGUCAUUAAAUGAACAACAGCAAGUGUCUUUUGAAAGAUGUGAAAGAAAUUCAGCUUACUGCUGUUGCAUCGAAUCUUCAGAUAAACUAUCUGCCAAUAUUUCUAAUUAUAGUAGCAAUAGUAUUAAUAGUUGUAAUUUCUUGGAACCCUAUGAUGAAAUUAAAACUGUUGAAAAUUUACAUCAAGAUAAAAUUAUUAUUGAACCUUGUGAUGUCGGUAGUAGUAUCAACAGCAACAUCAAUGCUAAUCAACUCAAUUUUUCAACUUUAACCACAUCUUCUUCUACAAUAACAACAAUAGCAGCAGCAGCGGCAACAACAACAACAUCAUCAUCAUCAUCAUCAUCAUCAACAACGACAACAGAGCUAGGUGCAGUACCUGAAGAGGAUGAAGAGGCCGUAACUUCAUCGACUCCUAGUACAGUUGUGAGUCCUGUAAGAACAUCAUUAUUUAUUGAGGGACUAAAUCAAUCUUUGAGCUUCCACGAGCGUGCCACUUCUAAAGACGUUAUCAACGAACUAAAUAGGAUGAUAAGAAAAGGCGAGGAUAAUCAAAUAAAUAACCAAGAUCCAUCAAUUAAACAAGUUAAAACAUUGGAAAAACUUGAUCUAGCCUGCUGCUGUCCCACUGGAUGGGUUCACGUUGAACGUGAUAUUGACUUUACCGACCCAAAGGCUAGAGCGAAUCUUUUAGACGUGAUGUUGGCAAGCAGUGAAAGCUCUUCAGCGGCGUCGAGUAGUGCAGGAUCUGCUGCAGGCAGUGAUUCAGGUGAUGAGCCUUUACCUGAUUAUCGUUAUCUUCAUCGACUCCAUCGUUAUCGUCGUCAGAAGAAAGCAACAGCAAUCCAAGCCCAUCGUUUUUUACGGAUAUCAUCAACCUGGAACACUUCUUCAAGACCCUCUAUCAUUGAACGUGGUCAAGAUUUCUUUGUAAGAUACGGGGAAAAGGAACGUCAAGCAGUGGCAUAUUUUGACUUUCUUGAUGAGAUUAAUUCACAGUCAAUAUUAUCAUCAUCAUCAUCAUCAUCAUCAUCAUCGUCAUCAUCAUCAUUAUCAACAGUAUCUACAGCAUCAACAACUGAUGAACUUGAAAAUUUUGUUCCUAGCACAAACUAUAUGAAAGUGUCGCCACUUUUAAAAAUUUGUGAGAUAAAUUUUAUUAAAUAUAAUGAAAAUAAUAAUAAAUAAAGGAGCUUAGAUUGAAACAUAAUACAAAAUAGAAUAAAGUUUAAUUUUCUAUAUAUAAAUUUAUGAUAAAUUGGGUAUUAGAUUAUUUAUUUAAUAUUUAUGUAGAUUAUUAAUUUAUAAUUUGACUUAUUGUCUGUAAAUAUAUUGUAUUGGCAACUAUUCUAUAUGUAUAAAAAAAAAAAACCAAAAAAGAAAAAAAAAAAAAAAAAAACAAUAAUAUAAACAUUAAUUUAUAACUAUAAAUGAUCCAAAUCAGACAAUUAUUAAACAUAUUAAAAGAUAUGUUAGUAAUUGUGUGUUGUAGUAAUUGUGUGUUGAAAAAGAAUAAUAAUAUUAUUAAUAAUUUAAUUUUUUUAGUUUAUAUAGUAAUAUACACAGAAAAAGUCUGAUAGGGUAUUUUAAAUGUUUAGAAAUUAUAAAUGAUAAAUUUAAAAAAUAUAAAAUCUUAUUAUUUCACAUCAUUCCUUUAUAGUAGAAAACAAAAAAAUUUUGUUUCAUGUUAUAAG